GUGAGGUGAGGCAGGCAGGGGCGGGUGGUGAGGUCUGCGGCUUGGGAAUUGCCUUCGCAGACAGUAGGUUCUGAGCCGGUCAGGCUGUUUAAAAAGUGAGAUGAGGAAAGUGACCCAGAAAAUUUAAAUUUGUUCAGAGGAAAGCUGCGGGGUUUCAUUUUUUUUUUUUUAAUUUGACAAAGUGAGCGUUUUCUCUCUCGUUGAGACAAGUGGUGGCAUUUCUAGUCUGCAAAUAAAUUGAAGAUGUUUUGAAUCUCUUUGGUUUGGAAUUAUUCCCUCAGCAUUGGCGCCUGCUUAGGAACUGGACCUGUAGUGUGAGAGAAGACACUCAGGAUGGCUCAGGGAUCCGGGGACCAGAGAGCAGUGGGGAUCGCUGAUCCAGAAGAGAGUUCUCCCAACAUGAUUGUCUACUGCAAAAUCGAGGACAUCAUUACCAAGAUGCAAGAUGACAAGACAGGGGGUGUGCCCAUCAGAACAGUUAAGAGCUUUCUCUCCAAAAUCCCCAGUGUCGUCACAGGUACGGACAUUGUGCAGUGGCUCAUGAAGAACCUUUCUAUUGAGGACCCAGUUGAAGCAAUACACCUGGGAAGCCUUAUCGCCGCCCAGGGCUACAUCUUCCCAAUCUCAGACCAUGUUCUCACCAUGAAAGAUGAUGGCACCUUUUACCGUUUCCAGGCUCCUUACUUCUGGCCUUCAAACUGCUGGGAACCUGAGAACACUGACUAUGCCAUCUACCUCUGUAAGAGGACAAUGCAGAACAAAGCGAGACUGGAACUGGCAGACUACGAAGCAGAAAACUUAGCAAGACUCCAGAGAGCCUUUGCAAGGAAGUGGGAAUUCAUCUUUAUGCAAGCAGAGGCACAAGUGAAGAUUGAUCGGAAAAAGGAUAAGACAGAAAGGAAAAUUUUGGAUAGUCAAGAACGGGCCUUUUGGGAUGUCCACAGGCCAGUGCCAGGCUGUGUGAAUACAACGGAAAUGGAUAUCAGAAAAUGUCGACGUUUGAAGAAUCCUCAAAAGGUUAAAAAGUCAGUGUAUGGUGUCACUGAAGAGACCCAGUCACAGAGUCCAGUGCACAUACCAAGCCAGCCGAUCAGGAAAACGACAAAGGAUGACAUUCGAAAACAGAUAACGUUUUUGAACGCACAGAUUGACAGACAUUGUUUGAAAAUGUCCAAAGUGGCCGAAAGCUUAAUCGCUUACACAGAGCAGUAUGUGGAGUACGACCCUUUCAUAACGCCAGCAGAGCCAUCUAAUCCUUGGAUCAGCGAUGACAUCACUUUAUGGGACAUAGAGAUGAGCAAAGAGCCCAGUCAGCAGCGAGUAAAACGAUGGGGCUUCUCUUUCGACGAGAUACUGAAGGACCAGGUGGGGCGGGACCAGUUCCUUCGAUUCCUGGAGUCCGAAUUCAGUUCAGAAAACCUCAGGUUCUGGCUGGCUGUCCAAGAUCUCAAGAAGCAACCUCUGCAGGACGUGGCCAAGAGGGUGGAAGAGAUCUGGCAGGAGUUUCUAGCUCCUGGGGCCCCAAGUGCAAUCAACUUGGAUUCUCACAGCUAUGAGAUAACCAGUCAGAAUGUCAAAGAUGGAGGGAGAUACACAUUUGAAGAUGCCCAGGAGCACAUCUACAAACUGAUGAAGAGUGACAGCUACGCCCGCUUCCUGCGGUCCAAUGCUUACCAGGACCUGUUGCUGGCCAAGAAGAAGCCAGAAAGUGAGCAAGGUCGUAGAACUUCCCUAGAAAAGUUCACUCGCAGUGUGUGCUGCUGGCGCAGAGUCAGAAUGGCCGCCGCGUUUCACCCCCGAGGUGGCUUCCUUCCAGCAGUGGGGAAAGUCGCUGGCGGGCAAGCGCCUCACGGGCCUGAUGCAGUCCUCCUGACCGUCCCCACCCCAGGGCCUGGGCCUGCAGAGCAGCCGGGCAGGCGGCGCUCCUCAUCCACCGACAGAGCUUCCUUGCGGGGAGAUUUGGUCACUGUGAAGGAGAAAGAGUGAAGGCGCGGAGAGCCAUGGUGGGGAGAUGUGGUGGGUGAAUGGGGAGACCAGAGAGAAAAGAGUCUACGGGUGCUGGGCCCGCCGGGGAGAGGCCCCUGUUGACAGCCUCUCUCUUGUACAGUCUCGCACCAAUGCUUACUCUCUCCAAGGGCCCAUUUCUAACUCGGUCAGAGAAGGUCUCGUGGGGUUCCCUGUCUGACUGUCACUUGAGACGUUGACCUCACCUGUCCAGUCGUCUGGGGAAUCAUGCCUUCCAGCAAACUUCAGAGGGAUGAGCGGACCCGGGCACAUAGUAUUACACAUCACCUCCUUCCUCUCUCUCUCUCUCUGAUGCGCUCACAGUGCUCACUGCCACCUGCCCUUGCCCCCACUGGUAGCCACCCUGGUAUAGCGUGUGGGCGACAGACACUGCUUUCACAUACAAUGUCAGAAAUCCCAUCUUCAGCACGGAUGGCACGUCAAGCUCUUUCCACCCUCUCUGAGACCAAAUUUUAAAGCAGCCCCUGAGGAGGGUAUGGUGGUCACCCUCUGGUGCCAUAAGUGCCCAAGGGUCCAGAGCUCAAAGAGGCACCAGUCAGAUGAUGGCGUGUGUCGCUUAGACACGGAAGGUUCUGGUGACGAUCUCUUAAAAACAUCAUUUCUUCUUGUCUCACGA